UUUCCUGGUUUUUUUAGUUACUAAAAUGAAAUUGUUGAGAAAGCACAUUUACUGAAUGGAGAGGGUAUAUAAAUGUCAGGAAAUUAUCGAUGAGCAGGACUGGUGAAAACAAGGUGUGAAAAACAUCACAUGCAUAAUCUAUUAGAGUGAGAUCUUGAUCAUUCAUCAUCUCAUCCUCUUCAUCAUGACGCUGUUUCUUCAUGUGCUGAUGCUGUUUCUUCUCUCCGGUGGUUCGGCCAAAGUUGUGCAGAAUUUUGAGCAGGAGUGUGGUCAAUUUUUUGCAAAUGGAAAAUCACCAACAAGAUUUUCUGGAUCACAGUACAGGCAGAUCUGCCAAACUCUAAAUGAUGUUCAUUAUUAUGCCACAUAUUAUGAUACACAAAACAGGAUCCCAGUGUAUUCAGCCUACAAGUUUGAAGGGAUAAAGAAAUGCAACAGACUUAAUAAGUGGCACACUGAACCUCAACUUGAUGAUAAUAAGGCAGGACAAAACAUGGAAUUCCAGAGGAUAUCGUGGAGAUAUCGUGGACUCCGCCAAGCUCUCAAUAGAGACUAUGUGAAGUCUGGCUUCCACAGAGGUCAUCUGGCACCAGUCUAUCAGGCACGAUCACAGGACUGUGCUGACGCCACCUUCACUCUCACCAAUGCUGCUCCACAAUACCCCUCUUUUAACAGCGGUCAAUGGUGGAAUGAAGAAGAAAGGCUGGCAAAAGAUCUUAAACGCCAAUGUCAACAUGUUUACAUUGUUACAGGGGUGGUACCGGGUAAAACAUUUUUAGAUAAAAAAAUUAAAAGAGUGAAUGUGCCUAGUCAUUUCUGGACUGCAUACUGCUGCUUAGACCAUAAAGACAGAUGUUCACACUCAGGGGGAAUCAUUGGAACUAAUGACAAAAAAUCCAAAAUUAGAAGAAUGACUGUGGCUGAUUUAGAGGAAGAGUUGCAAAAAGUUUAUAGAACAACAUUUAGGGUGUUUCGAUAAAAAUAUAAAAAACAGACAAAGGUUGCUUCAAAAGCAUUAUUGAGCAAUUAAACUUUGCAAAAACAGUUUUUAAAGGGAACUAUUUAGAGUUAUAUUUUAUGCAGAUUAGUAUAAUUUCAUUAUAACAAAUCACUUUAACAUCUCCUGUCUGAAUGUAAAACAAUUACUUUCUAAUGCUGACAAUAAUACUGCAAACCUUGUGCUGGAUGUCAGCUGAUUUAGAGACAGACCUGAGAAAACCUAAUGGAGCAACACUGAAGUUGUACUAAAGUUUGCAAAUAUUUUGCGGGAAUCUA